ACCGUUUCCAUGGUGACCCUUAACAACACAUCUGAUUUUCAGGUCUGAAAAAUGGCUAAAGAAGACUACAGUAAAUACAGUUUGUCGCGUCUGCAUACUGAACUUCAAGAAGAGAGGGAGAUUAGGGAAAUGCUUGAAGAGUCGGUGUCUGAUCUGAGGAGAACUUCGAGUGAACUACAAGACAGACUGCACUGCGUUGAUGGGGAAGAUCGACUGGCUUUCAUUCGAUCAUAUGAAGAUAUGGCAGUAGAGAAUCUUAAACAUCACCUAAAGCUCCUGACCAAACAGAAGACCGACCUCCAGAGUCGCCUAAUGGACUGUCACCUUCUAAUCGAGCAGGAGGGAAAGGCUUUCCAUAAAACCAACGAUGAGAGGCGGGCGUAUCUAAAAGAAAUAGCUUUGCUGACUUCAAUCCAUGAGACCCAGAGAGGAAAAGAGUCCAGUCAGCGACAGAAGAACCCAGCAAACAAAUCUAUUAGAGGGAAGCAGACCAGCAAGAAGUCACCGAUUAAAUCUAACAAAGAAAAGGAAGAAGAAGGAGAUGGAAUUGGCGGGAACGUGAAUGUAGGAGGAGGAGGAGGUGAUUCAACAACAGAGAGAGGAGUGAAAAAGAUACCCCAAAGGGAAAAGUUACCCGCCAUCUAUACCUCAUAUUUCAGUGGCUGAUUACUUUGCUACUGUAGUUGCUGUUUACAUGAUGUGUUAAAUACUUGUUUAAACAGCUGAAGGUUUAUAAAUAAUCUUAGUUUACAGAUUUUUCUGCUUUAAAUAACCAAUUUAAACUUGUGUUAUUAUUACAGGCUUAGUGUGUGGUGAGGCAAGCUGUUAAAAUGCCCGCUGAGUCUGACAUUCUUUUGCGGUUAUGUUUUUCUCCUUUAAAACAACUCCUACAGCGUGUUUUACGUAAGCAGCACCACAUCCACCAAUCUCUGUGCAUGUAGGUCACCCACAGUGUGGGCAUUCACCCCCGUCCAACCCACUGACCAUCUUUAUGCAUGUGGGUGUCAGAAAAGUGCCAGGAGGAGGUGAAAUAUUGAGAUGAGAAACUGCCAGAAGCCCUAAUUAGUUUGCUGAAGAAAACUGGAGCACAGCUUCACUUUUAAUCAGCAUCACCAAAACACACAGAACAAUGGUUUGGUAUUAGACCAGCUAUUGGAUAAACUAAGAUAUUUAAGAUUUGCUUGCUUAAUGCAGUAAACAUCACAUAUUAUGUAAGCCAAAAUGUUCUUUUUGCAUCAUAUUAUAAACUCGCAUUUUAUUCUAUGUGAGCGUUGCUCAUUCCAAACACUUGAGCUGUUUUUCUGCAUUUUCUGCCUGAAGAUUAAAAAAAAAUCCUUCAAAAUCCACUUUUUGUGCCCAAAACUCUUGUGCUAAUGUGUUCAGACUAUAAUAAAACCCAGUUUUUUUGUAUAAAACAUGGGUUUCACUCUCAUUUGGUUCAAUGAUUGAUACUUCUUGACUUUAUCUGGUUCUUUCAUUUCACAUUUGGAAUAACAAAAUCUCCAGGAUAAAAUAAAGAUCAUUUUUUUGUAUUUGUUUGAAGUGUAUCAGUUGCCAACUUUUGUUGGAUUUGUGUGGAUCUAACAUUUCAUGCAGAAUUAUGUACAAUGUGCAUAACUGUUCACUGUAUUACACCUCCAAAAUCCACUUAUUUUUAAAAAAUCUACACAUCAAGUUCAUUUUCUGUUCUCAUUUUGGGUGUAACAUUCAUAAUCCAAGUCUAAAAAAGUAAGACUCCCAUCUCU